AUGCUUGUAUUCUCUGUAUCUGAGUGGGUGAGCUCUCAUCUGACCUUGUUGGAUGUUGCAAUUCCAUUGUUGGGGCUAUUCAUUUUCAGUUGUAUACAUGAGAGUCUCGCAAAUAAGGGUCCAAUGCUGUGGCCAGUGCUUGGAGUCAUACCAUCAGUCUUCCUUCACAUGAAUGACAUAUAUGAUUGGGCCACCAGAGCUUUGAUAAAUGCUGGGGGAACAUUCCCCUACAGGGGAAUGUGGAUGGGAGGAUCGUAUGGAAUCAUCACAGUUGAUCCUUCUAACAUUGAAUAUAUGCUUAAAACAAAUUUUAAGAACUUCCCUAAAGGGAAGUACUAUAGAGAGAGAUUUUGCGACCUGCUAGGAGGUGGAAUUUUUAACUCUGAUGAUGAAUCAUGGAAGGAGCAGAGGCAGCUUGCAAAGCUGGAGAUGCAUUCGAGCCGGUUUAUAGAGCACUCCAUUCAAAGCAUGCAAGAUAUAGUGCACCAGAAGCUGAUGAAUUUAUUGGAAAAGCUGGCAAAUUCAGGGCAUUGUUUCGAUCUACAAGAAGUGUUUCUUCGGCUUACAUUCGAUAGCAUUUGCACUGCUGCUCUCGGCAUUGAUCCUGGAUGCUUGGCCCUUGAUUUACCGGAAGUUCCCUUUGCAAAAGCUUUUGAAGACGCCACGGAACUCACCCUAUUAAGAUUCCUGAUGCCGCCUUUUGUAUGGAAGCCCCUGAAGUUCUUCAGACUUGGAAAUGAGAAACGGCUCAAGGAAGCAAUAGAAGUUGUACAUGAUUUUGCAGAUAAGACAGUGAGAGAUCGCAGGAAGAAGCUAGACAAUCUUGGAAACUUAAACGAUCAUUCUGAUCUGUUGUCGAGGCUUAUGGAGAAAGAGAUCGAUAAACAAGGCAAAAACAGACAAUAUCCAGGUAAGUUCUUGAGAGAUUUCUGCGUAAGUUUCAUCUUAGCAGGCCGAGACACAACUUCUGUUGCAUUAGCUUGGUUUUUCUGGCUAGUACACAAAAAUCCUGAGGUAGAAAGCAAAAUCCUGGGUGAAAUCUAUGAAAUUUUAAGUCAUCCUGAGCGAAGAACAGAAGAUGAUGACAUAGUUUUCACAAUAGAGGAAUUGAAAAAGAUGGUGUAUCUCGAAGCAGCAUUAUCUGAGUCCCUGAGGCUCCACCCAUCUGUGCCAAUUGAAAUGAAACAAGUUCUAGAAGACGAUGUGUUUCCUGAUGGUACCAGGGUUAAAAAGGGUGCUCGAGUUCUUCACUGCAUCUUCUCAAUGGCUCGUAUUGACUCCAUAUGGGGUAAAGACUGCUUAGAGUUCAAGCCAGAGAGGUGGAUCAAAGAUGGGAAGUUUGUAAGCGCAAAUCAGUUCAAGUACGCUGUCUUUAACGCUGGUCCGAGGCUUUGUGUGGGGAAGAAAUUUGCUUACACGCAGAUGAAAAUGGUGGCUGCUUCAGUCCUGUUAAGGUAUUCAGUUAAGGUAGUCGAAGGUCACAGUGUCGUACCAAAGGUGACAACCACACUCUACAUGAAAAAUGGUUUAAUGGUGACUCUUAAGCCCAGGUUUGUAAGCAAUGUUUAGCUCUCGACAGAACUUGAAACGACGAAAUAAAGCAGAAUAAUUAACAUGUACGGGGGGAAUGCAGACUUGAUCUGUUGUUCCCUUCUCCCUGUAUUUGUUUUACCUUUUUAUGGUCGGUAGAAGGCUAGCUAGAAGCCUUUGCUAGGUCCGAUUGUUUGUUUGAGUCUUGUAACGCCUUAGUUAAAUUUUUCUUUUAUGAUU